UUGUUUAUUUCUUCUUGGAAGAAUACGCUGCAUUGAUAUAAAUAGUAAACAAUGAAAGUUUUGUGAUUUUAGUUGUAACAUUUGCGUGAAUUAUAAAUUAACUCUUGAAAAAAAAUAUUAAAAAUAUACAAAUAUAUCGUUGCUUUAAAAAAAAUUUUAAAAAUGGAAAAAGUAAAAAAAAAUGUUGCAAGAAGAAAGAAGUGCAUUGUUCCAAAGUGUUGUUCUCAUUUGAAAAAACAAAAGGACGUUUCCCUCCAUAUUUUUCCUAAAAAUGAGGAGAUAAAAAGAAAGUGGAUUGCACUUAUCAGUACAGAAGAUUUCAUUCCAAAUGUUUUACCAAAUAGUACAAUAUGUUCAGAACACUUUGAUUCAAAUUUUAAACAGAAAUUACCCGGUAAAAUUUAUUUAACCCCAGAUGCCUUACCUAAUUUUGAUAGUCAAUAUUUAGACAAAGAAAUUUCUGAAAAUGAGUCGGUGUCGUUGAAUGCAAAUGAGUUAGUCAAUGAGGAAGAAUACGACAACACACCAUCUAUUUCAAAUCACUUUGUAUCUGCAAUUCAAAAAAUUAAUGAAACGCCAUCAACAACCAAUACAUUGCAAGCAGAAACCAACGCAGUAAAGAAUAUCAGAAAACAAUUCAAGAAACAAAAACUUGAAGCUAAUGAAUCAAAAACAAUUUGCAAGAAAAAAAUUAAAAAUUUAAAAGUAAUACAGCAAACAAGCCGUAAAUAUAAAAAAAGGGUAGAAAGCUUUUAUAAGCUGCUUACGGAGCUUGAAGAAAAAAAGUUAAUUACUCCAGACGUCAAUAAAAUUAUCUCCUCCAGCUUACAAAAGAUUAUUGAUUCGUUAUAAAAUCUUAAUUAAAUGAAUACCAAAUUUCCAAUGAAAAUCUAAUACGUUAUUUUUUUUUUAAUUCAAAUACUCAUACGAUAUUAAACAAUAUUGCACCAACCACUUUAAGUUUAUAAUUCAAUAAAAUAUUAUAUUAAGCACAAAAUCGUAUAUUAAACCCCG